CCGAUUAUAUAUUACUGUAGAAACAGCACGCACAAACAGAUAUUCAGCUACAGCAACAAUGACUGAAAUCAAGAGCAAGACUGACCAGGAGCUAGAGAGCCUAGAAGCCCAGCACGGGUUCACUAGACCAGACAGAGGGAGCUUAGAGGACCCCAAUAUACAGUGGAGAGAGGGAAAGCCUGACUAUAGGAGUCUAGAUCUACUCUACUAUAAAGGCAAGAGCAAGAAUCAUGCUGUCGGGUCACUGGAGAUAAUCGUGGAGAAUCUUGUCAAGAAAUGGGAGAUGCAAAUGACACACAUAACUUCCCCGAAAGAUUGGAGUACUGUGAAACUGGACGAAUAUCGAGUGAUGGUGAAUCACAGCCAAGAAAUGACUGGGCAGGAUGCUGUCAAGGUUGGCACAUACAACUGGAUUAUGGAGAAGGCUAGCAAAGAUCUCUACGAUGCUGAAAAUGAAACAUUCGAAUCGUCGCAUAAACUUUUUCGAGAAGCAUUUUCGGGUGGCUUUCCUUGGGAGGUGUUGGAGGUGUACAGUGGGCCUCCUAAAGUGGCCUUCUCGUGGCGUCACUGGGGGGCGUUCAGCGGAAAGUACAAAGGGGUCAAAGGAGAUGGCCAGAAGAUUGAGCUGUACGGAUUUACAAUAGCUACUGUCAACAGCGAUUUGAAGAUUCUCAAGCUAGAAGUGUACAUAAAGUUUGAGGGCUUUCUGAGAGCUUUGCAAGGAAAGGCUACCCCCGAGGACCUAGUAAGAGGACAAGAGCUGGUGGGUACAGGAUGUCCUAUACACCAGCAAGUCAAGACCGAGUAGACAACCCAGUAAUAUGGACAUGGACAGAAAAACUUUUAGAGAGAGUAGAGAGAGUAGUAGACUAGAGAGAGUAGUAGACUAGUCAACUUGAACAGAACUACUUUAUAUACAUAGUACUGUAAAUUAGCAAUUCAUACUUUUGAUGAGGGGUAGAACA